GGUUCCGCUUAUUCGUCUUGCAAUCAAAUUUAUCUCGUAAAUUCAAAUAUUUUGAUUAAUUUAAAGUAAUCAUUCGUUUGAACUACAUUUCAUUUUUCGAUUGCCUUGCGUUUUCAAAAAGCCAUGAAGUCUUUAAUAGUAGUGAUGAUAUCGAGCAUCAUAAUCAUCGCUGUUCUCGGGAAUGUAGCCAACUCGCAACUCGACAAGGAGUUGCUAGGAAGUGGGUCCUCGUUGGUGAUAUUCAACAAAACAAAUGUCGACGCAGAUACUACUCGGGCAAUUAUUGCAGACAGUGGCAGGAGGUCUAAAAGAAUCCCUGCACGAGAUGAUGGAGGCAUGGGUUCGAUCGAAUGGUCGUUACCAAUUUCCAAGACCGGCAACAAUGUUAAUGGCGCCAAGAAAGAAGAACUUACUCAAGUCAUAGCAAAGAG